AUGAAUGCAAUGUUGGAUCCGCAGUACCGUGAAGUGGUCGCAUCGCUGCCAUCCAGCGUCUUUGUCGAGGCACUGCGUAUCCUGUCCCCAGCCUACUUCAUUGAGCCUUACCGGCCCAUUUACCGGCCUAUGCAUCUAACAGGGGUUUUGGCGAAGAUGUUUAAACCAUUAGAGGUUAUAUUCGACGAGUUCGUUCACAACCUUGCGGCAAUCAUUCGCAUCAGGCACGAGGGGGAGCAGACCCUGGGACUGGCAGAAUACCAACAUCUCCUCGAUUGUGCACGCGCCAUGGGCGAUGUGGAGAUGGCAGACGCCAUCUGGCUCGACAUGAAGGAGGAGAGAGUGGAUCCAGACAUCCAGUGCUAUAAUCACUACAUGGAAGCCAAAGUCUGGGACCAUACGUUCGUUGGGCGCGAAAAGUAUAACCUGCGCGUCACUCCGUACUACUAUCGCAAGAGACGGUCUGACACUCCUAGUGAAGGAUGGCAGGGUUACGGAACUGGAAACAGAAGUGUCCGCUUGAAGGUGAUGGCUAUUUUCAGGGACAUGACGCAACGAGAGAUUCCUCCAGAUGAGAGGACGUUUGUGAAUCUCUUCCUGGCUUGCUGCCGCACGGGCCAUACGGGAAACAUGAAAAGUAUCCUCAAGCUGGUCUGGAACGUCGAUAUUGAUCUGUUACGGGAGGAGAAUGACCCCGAAAAGAUUCCUCCCGCAACCAGCUUCGAGCCUUCCUCUCCGCUCCAUCCGUCAGAACGCUUACUUUUCGCCGUAGCACAUGGAUUCGGGACCAACAACGACUUGCAAAGCGCCCUGCGCGUUCUGGACUACGUAUCGCGCUCGUACAAUAUCCCCGUACCGGAAAACGUCUGGUACGAGCUAUUCGAGAGAUCCUUUGUCCUCUCCCGGCCGCGAUUUGGACCGGACGCCGUCCGAAAUGCCAAAGGGAGUGUUUCGUACGAUUUCCUGACUGCGCUAUUCGAGGUUAUGACAUCGGCUCCGUACCAUGUGCAUCCUAGGGCGGCGGAAUAUUUCAGAAUGGCGAAAACCGCCUGGACCAGGGCCCGAUUACGCGAAUUCCGGAGCCAUAUGAACGCCUGUUACGACCUGCUUAGGGAAGUAAGACAGCAAUCAAGACACGCCAGGUCAGUCGUAGCAGAAUAUCUCACGGCAGCCUCCCGGGCAGACGCGGAUGACCGGAACUCAGUGCUCCAAUCGAGCGCACUGGCAGAUGCAAUUCACACCUACGGAAUCCGACGGCUGAUGACUGCGCAGGUAACAGCACUCGUGGAGCGUAUGGCCCGUUUGCUCUUGAUCCACCACCGCUUCACAGGAAGAGACAAUCCAGUAUUCGAGUGGCAGAUUCUUCCCCGAGGUCUCGAAGAAUGGGCCGAUUUCUUACCGACUACCUUCUGGUAUUACUCCGGCACUGGGGUUGUCGGGUUUAAAGGGAAAACCUUCUGGGGGCAGUGCAAGCUCAAGCCCCAUAACAAGGUAGCCAUCCGUCGAGUUUCACGCGCGGAAAACCCCGAGAUUUGGGAGGAAGCCGAGGAAGUUGACGACGACUUCUUCUGGCAGAGCUUCCGUGCUGAUACAAUCAAUAUGGACUUGUUGAGUUGGCUUGACCGGAUUCGCAAUACAGCAAAUGGUCUAGCUGCCCCUGAGGAAGAGGCUGAACCAGGACAUGACACCGAAAAGGAAAUCAGAAGCCCAUCCCCAACUAUCCCAUGGCUGUCUCUCCCCUGGAUGAGAGACGUGUGGGCUAGAACGGUACUGUAG